CUCCCCCGACUUGGGCGAAGCGGAGAAGGGCGCGGAGGGGCAGAGCUGGCUGGCGGCGGGAUGUGGCAGGUCACCUGCCCGAGCCCCCAUGGCCUGCACAAGCGAUGCCCGGCUUCAGCUGGGUCGGGAAGCGCUGCAGGCGGCACCCACGUUGCUGGUCCCCGCGGUGCUGCUGGGAGCCGCACUCGGCCUGGGCCUCGGCCUGUGGCUAGGCUGCCGCGCCAGCCGCCUGCGCACGCGACUCCAGAAAGAUGACACCCAGCGCCUGCUCAGGAGUUCAGAGCCCACUGCACACAGCCUGCCAGACACUGGCUCCCGGGUCAGGAGACGCCAGAGAGAAAUGAUGACUACUCGGGAUGAGGAUGCUCCUGAGGAGUGUGACCCACCCUUGAGCAGCAACAUCACAGCGUUUGCACUGAAAGCCAGGGUUGUCUAUCCCAUCAACCAGAAGUUCCGGCCUCUGGCUGAUGGAUCCUCCCACCCGUCACUGCAUGAAAACCUGACACAGGCAGCAGCCAUCCUGCCCCACCUACCCCACCAGCCAGCAGAGGCCUCACCAGCCAGCAGCCUGGGCAGCCUGAGCCAGGCUGGGAAGGAAGAUGGCAGCUCUUCUUCCAGCAUGCACUCAGCCUACAGUGACGACAGGAUCCUCCACUGUGCCUUCCUCCGGGUGGGCAGCUUCCCUGAGGUUCUGGCCUGUGAGAGUGCAGAUAUUGACCUAUGUGUUCGCAGCCUUCUUCUGAAAGACCUGCUUCAGGUAGACACAGCGCUGAGACGGGAGAAGCACAUGGUGUUCAUUCAGAUUCUUAAAGCAUGCCUCCUGGAUGUUUUUCCCAAAAAGAAGCCUGAUGAUGAGUUAUACCAGAAGAUACUCUCAAAACAAGAGCAUGAUUUGGAGGAGUUAGAAAAGGGACUUCAAGCCAGAUUGGCGACCACAGUGACUCCAAUGGGCACCAGUGACUCCAGCUACGUCUCCCUGGCAGAUGUGGAGAGGAAGGAGAGAGAGCUCUCAGAGCAACUCAUAGACAAUAUGGGAGCUUUCUGGAAGCAGAUGGAAAGCAUCCAGCCCAUUCUCGUGGACCAGUUUAAAUGUUCCAGCUCAAAGGCACGGCAACUCAUGAUGACUCUGACAGGAAGAAUGAUUGCCACUGAAGGGCUGCUGCGUGAUGCUCAGGACCUGUUAGCCCUGGACGCCCUGGAGAGAUCACUGGGUCGGGCCCACAUGGCAAGAAUGGUAGAGUUCCUGAGGACCCAGAUCCAGGAGGAGACCAAAUGCCGGCUGGCUGCUAUCUCCCAUGGCCUGGAGCUGCUCACUAUCCAGGGACAGCUGUCUGGGAGGCAAAAGGAGGAACUUCUGACCCAACAGCACAAGGCCUUCUGGGAGGAGGCAGAGUGCUUUGGCAGGGAAUUCAUUCAGCGGGGCAAAGACCUGGUCCAGGCAUCUCUGGCUCACCAGGUAGAAGUGAUGGCAGAGCUCACACAAAUCCAAGAAGAAGAGCAGAGAAGUUUCCUGGCUGAUUCCCAGCUGACCUCAGACCUGGGGGAGUUCCUCAAGGCUUUUCACGAGGUCCUGGAGAGGCAGUGGCUGACGCGGAGUGACCAGGAGGAGGAAGAGGAUAUUAGGAUCACGGAGGCCAUGGCUACACUCUGCCAAGAGCUGUACUGUGGCACCAUGGAAACCUUCCAAAAAUUUGUGGACACUCUGUUCCUGAAGACGCUCCCAGAAGUGAGCAGUCUCCCUGUGGCAGAAUGCGAGGCCCUGAGGCAACAGGUCCAGGAGCAGGUAGUGAGACAGCUGGAGCAAGUGGACCGAUUUCGCAGACGGCAGUGGGAACUCCUGUGUGACCUCUUGGAACAGGACAGGAGGGUGUGGCUGGAGGAGUGUGCGCUGUCCACGGUGCUGCAGAGGCAGCUGCGGGAGCACCAGGAGAGCACCAUUCAUAGAGUCCUGAGCCGAUUCAGUGGCCUCUCUGAAGAGUCCACACGAGGCAUCCUGCAGGGCCACGAGCUGCUGCUCUGCUCCGCUCUGCGUAGACUGGCCCUCCGAGGCACCACCACUACUGCCCUGGCUCAGAUGAGGCUCUCCGGGAAGAAGAGGCUCCUGCAGGAGCUGCGUGAGCAGCUGGCUCUGGAGCAGGGAGCCUCCCCCUGCCUGGAGGAGCAUCAAUGGCAGCUUCUCAGAGCCCUGGAAGCACGGAUCCAGGAGGAGGCAACCAGACUGGAAGAUGAGGCACAGCAGACAGGCCUGCGGCUCCAGCAGCAGCUCCUUGCAGAGGUUCAAGAGGCAGGGCAGCUGCUACAGAUGCACUCAGAGAGGGCCAUUGGGCAAGCAUUGUUGGUGCAUGCAAGGAAUGUGGCCAGUAAGGGCCGGACAAGGGACAAGGAAGACUUCAAGAGGACGCUGGUGGAGACGGUGGUCGAGAGUGUGUAUGUGACCAGCACCAGUGUCGGUCACCUCGUGCAGGCAUAUUACCAGCGUGUCGGGAAGCUCCUGCAGGCCCACGAGGAGCAAGUGCUGCAGCGCCUGAAGACCCUGCAGGGUGAGAGAAUCAACACUUACAAGGUGUGGAAGAAGGAAGAAUUCAGUGACCCACCAUCGGGGAGCCAGACAACAGAUACCCAUGGAGCUACCCAGGCGGUGCAGCAGAGGAUGCUGUCACGGCAGAAGAAAUUCCUAGGCCAGUUCACACAGCACCAGCAAGGCCGCCUGAACUGUCAAAAGGAGAAAGCGCGCGAGCUCGACCAGCUCGAAGCCCAGCUUGAGACCCAGCUGCAGGAAGCUGAGCAGACCUUUAUCUCAGAGCUGGCAACACUGGCCCGAGUGCCCCUUACUGAAAACAAGCCAUUCUCCAGCAAGCGAGGACUGCCAGAGAAGCCGGUAAGGACCAGAAGAAAGAAGCCCCCACCUCGGGAGAGAGAGGACCUGGGGCCGCCCAACAAUGAUCACCCUUUGCAGGCGGACCACACCACAGGACCACUCGGCAGCAGAAGGCUGGGUCAGCAGGACAGCGACACUGGUGAUGGAGAGAACUCCAGAAAGAUGCUGCAGAGAAGAAGCAAUCUGUAGCUGGAACCCUGCUGAGAUGGACCUACUGUGCGCCUUGCUUCCUCUGUGGCUGCAGCCUUGUGGUUCAGAUUGGGCCACGAGUUGAAGGCUGAUCUUGAACGAGGGAAUGCCACCUACUUUAGAAAGUGGAAAUGGCAUGACCACCAAGUGCCUGGGAUGACCGGAGAUGGUGGAGACAGGCCUUGGAGAACCUCGGCUUCUGCCCUGGUGCAUUUCCCUGACUGCUUCCUCUGUCGGGAGCGCCCUCUACUCCUGCCCUCCAUCCUCACGGUGUCCUGGUGCUACCCAAUGGCCCUUGGUUCCCAGCAUCUCCACAGAGUCCUACCUGCCGGGGUCUCAGUAUUAUUGGUGUUGUCUGACCCCAAAGUCAUUGUUUCACCCCCAUUGCUCCAUUGUCAUGUCCUGCCAGUGUCCCAACCAGGACCAGCCAACUUUUGCUCUUGGUAGCUCUUUUGGUUCGGGAGUCCUGGGACCUGGUUACUCAAGGAUGUCAGAGUCUCAGAGCCAAUGCCCUUGACACAGCCAUGGAGUUUCUAAUCCGUAGGCCUGUUCUGAACUGUUUGGAGCUUGGGGACCAACCACACGUGCCUGUCACAUAUCACGAGAUCUCCUCCUUGGGCAUUGAGGACAUAGGAGAAUAUCUCUACCCUCAGGCUUCACUGAGGAGGUUAAUCUUCCAGCAGCCAGCAGUCCCUCCCUUGAGGAGAGGUCCCCAGGUCACCUGCUCCUCCAGAGGGAUGGGAAGGACUUCCAUAAGCUUCCAAACCAGCCCCACUUGCCCCCCAGGUCAGAGGUCUUUCCCACUCAGGGGACAAUCUCUUUCACCAUCAGGUAUCCCCAAUCAUGACUGUCAACAUUUUGGGUGUGAUCACUCUUUGCUUGGGUGUGAAAGCUGUUGAUGCCAAAGAUGGAGUCUCUCAUGUUAGACCCAGACCCACGUGUAACCAGGAGGCUAUGAAUGGCACACAUUGGUGCAUUUAGAUGAGCACUGGCACACAUGAAAACACUGCUUCACAUUCUUGCCUAGAGACAUCAGUGUGCCUGCGAGUGCUGCCUGAGGCCAGGCACUUGCUGAGGGCUCGGCUCAUGCAGCAUCCGGCCUUCCUUCUUCCCUUUUCCUUUCCCCUGCUCCUGCUCCUCCUUGCACAUGAGCCAUCCCUGACUCAUUCCGAAUAAAAACCCU